CGUGCAUCGAUGUUCCCCGCAACAGGGCUACGUAUGGAAUACCUACACAGAAGGACGAACUCGACGCUUUCUCAAAGAGCACUCAGGCCGAUUCCAAUCUAAAUUAGCCUGGAGGGACAAUAUUAGUCCCGUAUUAUACAGGGGAAUUGACGAAAAUCAAUAUCUCGUCAAUCAAAGUCAUCCUCGGCUGGUAGAAAUCAAGGCCAUGUACCUCGGCAAACCAAUUCGAAGGCACUAUCGCAGAUAAGAACGAUGGAUCGAUAGACAACCAUCUAAGCUCUGAGAAUCUGACAAAGUGAUACGUCGACCUCGAGUCUUGACAUUCAUAGAGGGUGUCGUUUCAUCAACCGAGUGUCUACUGCCAUGUCGCAGAGCCAACGGCCCGUGGGCCUUCUUUUUGACAUUGGGGGUGUUUGUGUCGUUUCCCCGUUUCAAGCUAUUCUAGACUAUGAGAUUUCCCAGGGCAUUCCACCAGGGUGGAUCAACUUCAGCAUUUCGCGUACGUCGCCAGAAGGGAGCUGGCACAGGCUCGAGCGAGGUGAAAUUCAUCUCGACAAAGAGUUCUUCUCGGCGUUCAACAAAGACCUACAAAGACCAGCACUCUGGCGGGAGUUUCAAGAGCGAUUGCAGAGGAACCAGGCACGUGGAUUGUCUACUACGGUGCCUCCGUUGCCAGAGAUCGACGCAGAAUAUCUGUUCUGGGAGAUGAUGCGCGUUUCUCGAGCCCCGGACCCGUAUAUGUUUCCAGCUCUGAAGAAGCUGAAGGAAUCAAACAAGUUCAUCAUCGGUGCCUUGUCCAACACGGUGAUCUUCCCUGAUGGACACCCCUACAAUGAGGACCGUGAUAAAUUGGUGGCGCGGUUUGAUUUCUUUCUCUCUUCAGCGCACACGGGCCUACGGAAACCAGACCCAAGGAUAUACGAAGCUGCGAUAAAAGAGAUGAACCAAAUAGCAAAAACCAAGGGGAUCGAUGCUGUCGAGGCAUCCGAUAUCGUUUUCCUCGACGAUAUUGGGGAAAACCUCAAGGCUGCAAAGAAGGCUGGUAUGGAAACCAUCAAAGUCACGCUGGGCAAGACAUAUGAUGCGGUCAAAGAGUUGGAGAAAAUCACAGGCUUGGACUUGUUGGAGACUGACAAAGCUCGACUAUGAGCAGUAGUUAGUAGUCAUCUGUGAGUGAACUAGACUGAUAAUACAUUCGACGAGAGAUUUCUGAGUAUCCAAAGAAUGGAAACUCCAAAUCUUCUCUUAGAAAUAGAAAAAAAACCCGAG